AUGUCAAAGGCUAAAUCUUGGAAGGACAAGCCAGCUAAAGUUCAGGUGCCAGAAUCGGAACUUCCUUCUUCCAUCCCAUCACAGACCGGGCUGGUAUUCAAUAUAUGGUACAUUAAAUGGUCUCAAGGUUCCAAUGAACAGAAAAGGUUCGUAUCUCCUUACAGACUAGAUCCUAAAACCCAUCCUGGAGUAACAAGAGGUGAUAAGGAUGGAACAGCCUACUUUUGCUUGUACUUUGCGAAAGGCAUGUGCUGUAUGGGCAGACGGUGUCAGUACAUGCAUCACAUACCUGAGGAUGACGACCAUGCCAGACUUGCCCUGAAAACGGAAGUCCUGGACUGUUUUGGACGAGAGAAGCAUGGAUCUUAUCGAGAGGACAUGGGCGGAGUUGGUUCAUUCAGAAAGAUGAAUAGGACUCUUUACAUAGGUGGGUUGAGUGGUGCUCUGAACAACAAGGAACUGAAACCAUCUCAAAUUGAAGGUCGCAUACGAUUUAUGUUUGGCAGUUUAGGCGCAAUAGACAGGAUACGAUACGUGGAGAACAAAAACUGUGCAUUUGUCAAGUUUAAGCACACUUCGAGUGCGGAAUUCGCCAAGGAAGCAAUGAGUAAUCAGACGUUGUUAUUACCAAGCGAUAAGGAAUGGGAAGAUCGCAAAGAAGGCACUGGACUGCUUUGUAAGUGGGCUAACGACGAUCCAGAUCCAGAGGCCAAAAGAAGGGAAGAAGAAGCUCAGAAGCAGGAAUCGGUUAACAUGAUGGUAAAGCUUUUAACCGGCCAUUUAUCAAAGGACGCCCCACUGCAAGCGAAAAUGUCGAAAGGAAAAAGAACCAUAGAGGAUAAUGACUCUAAUUCCUCUAUCUUCUCAGAGGGAGUUCUAGAAAGAUUGAAGAAGCGCAAAGCAAUAAAACCUUUGAAAACUGGUAAAUCCAACGCCAAACCUACGAGCAGUAUCUCUGGAUCUUUGAUGGAGUACUCUUCUUCUGAGGAAGACUGA